GUCAACUAGGAAUAAUCAAAAUAUUAAAUUUUUGUGAUUUUAUGUUUACUUGCUAUCUUUUUAGUGAUGUUUUCACUUCAUUUAAACCAAAAUUAUUUUUCGUGGCGUGAAAUGCAAGAUAUAUAAAUGUCAUGGUUUGCAGACCUCGCUGGCAGGGCUGAGACCCUUUUAAAUAAUUUAGACGAACAAACUGGCGCAGUUUUACGAAAUGGCAAUGGUAUCAAACCGAGACCUGACAACUCUUUACCGCCAGAUAUUGUACAGAAAAAGAAGUUUGUAUCAAAAACUAAACGAAGUUUGUUAGAUAAUAGAUCUAGUUUUACCCCAGUACCGAAAAAUUCACCGACUAACCAACCUCGCUCAACACCUAAAAGUUUAGACAAUGCAAGACUGCAAGACCGCCGAAAGAAGUCACCAGGAAAGAAGUCUCCACAAUAUACAUUACACAAUAAUGGACCCAAUGCAGUGGAGAAUGAUUGUGAAAGUUAUGGAUUAAGGCAGAGAAGGUUCAGUUUACCAACAGAUUUGGAGUUUGUCAAUCAUGAAAAUAUUACAUUUGAUAUGCAGAAUUUAGAAGUUGAAAAUGCAAUGCUGAAGAAUGAAAUUAAUGUUGUCAAUAGAGAAGUUUCAGAUUUACUUGAUAAGUUAAGAUCAACUGAGAAUGAAUUAAAACAGCUGCAAGCACGGUCUGAAGCACAGUCUAAAAUAAACCAACGAUUAAAUUUGGACAAAGAAGGUCUUGUGGUACAAUUGGAAGACUUGAGGUCAAAGAUUGAAGAAGUGAGCGUUGUUGAAUUGUCACAAUAUAGAUCUGAUAAACAGGCAUUGGAUAGUGAAAAUCGGAGGUUACAAGAGAGAAACUGUGACUUACAAAAUGAUAUAAGAAACUUGAGAGAUGAACUUCAUGAUAGACAAUCUCAACAAAACAAAUUAGAAAAUGAGUUAAGGCACACACAAACACAGAUUUAUGAUUUAGAACAUGACUUAGAAAAGAGGAAAUUAGAGUGUGUUCGUCUUGAAAAUGAGUGGGAGGCUUAUAAACUACGGGUAAAAAGCAUGUUGUUCUCUAAAGAUAAUGAAAUCAAGGCUUUGAGAGAUGGGAGUAAUCUUUCAGAGGAUACAAAGCAGCUGAUUGAGCAGAUUGACAGAUUGAAAGAAGAACGAGAAGAUUUAUCCCAAGGAUUGUCAAAAGUUAAAACUGAAUUCAGUGAAAUGAAACACCAUAUGGCGCAGUUGGAAGCACGCCACAGUAACGCAGAGAGAGUUAUAGCUGGACUACGAGAUGCCUUGAAGGAAGAGAGAGCUGCUAGAAAUAAGGCUGAAGCACAUGCUAAUAAUUUGAGUAAGGAACUUCAGACAUCAAAAGUACAAUCAGGUCAAACUAUAGCAAAUCUAAGAGCAGCAUUACACAAUAAAGAGGAGGAAUUAUUGCUUCUUAAAGAAAAUACAGCUCCUACUACAGACACAAGCGCCUUAAAUGUAGGAGACUAUGACGUCAUGCAUUCCAUAGACAAUGAAAAGAUACAGUAUUUAACACAGACAGUGGUUCAGAAACAGGGAAGAAUUGAUUCUCUCUUGGCUGAUAAUAAUAUGCUCAAAAUACAGCUGGAUAAAUUGGAAACCAAAUACAAGACUGAGAUGUCGGUUCGUGCUCGUUCACACGUCGUCAACGUGCAAGACGAGAGGCGGAACACGUCACCAUUAGCUAAAAUAUCGUUAAGGAUGGGACUCAUGCUCAAACGAUUUCCCCUAAUAAGGAUAUUUAUUGUAUUUUAUAUGAUUGGCCUACAUUUUUGGGUGAUGACAGUGUUAUUGACAAGUACGCCAGAGAAUUAUAUCGUUAGACCUAAAUCGUGAUUGACAAAGGGCUGUUUUAGUACGAGCUUUAAAUAUUGUUAGUUGAAUCGAUAUGAUGAAUUUCGAUAGAAAAUUGUUACGUGUACGUGUAAAAUCUCAAGCAAUAUUUUUAUAUAUUUAACUUUUUAUUGAUUUUAAUAAAAUUUUAUUAUAUGUUGGGUAUAAGUUGCAAACAAAGAAAGUGAAUUGUUACAAUUCAAUUUUUUUUUGUUAUAUGUAUUUAAAUUGUUCUAACGCUUAACACAGUGUUAUGUACCGCAAUUUAAGU